AUGGGACCUAUCAACCCCCACCAAAAACAAUUCGAACAGGAUCUAGGAGCCGGUAUCGCAAAGUAUAUGCGCGAAAACCCUGGGAUGACACCAAAAGAUGCGAUGGAACGAGUAACCUCUUCGAUGCUUGCCAACAACCCAUUCGUUCCACCCCAAGGAUGCCCUAUCAAUGACCUACCCAAUGAGUUGCUGGCCCGUAUCUUUUACCUGGGCAUGAAGAUGCAAGAAGAGUCCGAACAGGAGGGAGACCUUGAUGAGGAUGACGAGUUCCAGGAUGAGAUCGACUUGAUGGAGGGAUGGGAUAGCGAGUCGGAGGAUGGAGAUGUGAAGAUGGGGUCGCCGCAGAAGGGUAAAGGGAAGCACAAACAGUCCGAGGAACCGACUGAGACGGAUGAGGAAGACGAGGAGGAUGAGGACACGCCGGAGCUGCCCUUCCAGGUGCUCGUGUCGCAUGUUUGUCGGCGGUGGCGUGAAGCAGCCGUCGAGGAGCCUUCACUUUGGACAACGCUCGGGUUCUCGUAUAACACUCCCAUCGACAAAUCCAAGGCCUGGAUAGAACGUUCCAAGGGUCUGCCUCUGGAUAUUGUCAUCGACUGCACGACACCAGAUGGCUGGGAGGUGUCGGAAGGGGACGGGGACGAUGACGACGACGACGCCAUGUAUGAUGUCCAGGAUAAGCACGAGUACGAGUCCAUUUAUACCGUCAUGAAGCGGCUGUCGGUCUGUCCUGGUGCGCCUAUACUGGAAGCCCUACAGCUCUACCAUUACGAGGACUGCGAAGAGUACGAUGUCUUCAGACCCACGGAAUUCCGCGAACCCCUGCUUUUGUUCCAGGGAAAUAUUCCAAAACUCAAAGAUCUGGCUUUAUGGGGCGUUCAUAUCGACUGGGACGCGAUCUACGUGACUGUCGAACUGGCGUACCAUGCCAAUGAUGUACGACCGUCUUUCGAAACGUUUUCCAGUUUCGUGCACGCCUGCCCGGAGCUUCAUACGCUUUCGCUGUGUCUUUCUGGACCCGCUGGACCACCAGAUCAAUGGGGAACGAAGCUCAUAUCAAUACCCCUGGAAUAUAUUCGAAGCUUACUUCCUAUAUUAUCCGUUCCCAAUGUCCAGCACCUAGCUUUGGACUUUGAUUCGGCUGAUUACACGGAAUUCGUAAAAAUCCUCCUCCUGCCCCAGGUAGGGCAGAAGAAAUCACUGUUGGAGGGCUUGGAGCACCUGAAAAUCGGAGGAUUGCCAUGCGAUAGCCAGCGGCAGGCUGAGUUGUUGUCGCAGUUGGGGAACUUGCGGUCAAUCAAUCUCAACGCCUUUGGUGAGGAGGAGGAACAGCUUUUCGAUGCGUUGCAUCGGGACAGAAAGUCCUGUGCCCAAAUCUUCACACUGUCACGACCACGGGGAUCAGUGGGAAGAAGAUGCGGUCAUUUGUUGAAGCGCGGAAACGUGCUGAUGCACCGAAUUUCCAAAGUUUUGAUGAGUGAGAGGGAUGAUGUCGAGGAGAAGGAUGAAAAAUGGCUGUCUGGUCACCUCGAGGAGUUUGAAUUCUUUGAGCCGUCGGAUUCAGAAGAGGAGUUGAUUGAAAUAGACGAUGAUGAUAUAGAUAUCGACGACUAG